AUGCGUGACGGUUCCAGCAUCAAGUUGCUCACGGGUAAUUCGCUCGUUGCUUUACAUCGCCCUUCGAGCCACGGCUUUACAGCUGCAUCUGGUUUCGUCCCCGUCGUCUUCCCAUGUGUUUCACGCGCUUCCGUGCAGCCGCUGCCCGUCCCUAGGGCUCCAUCGCCUUCCCAACACUUCUCAAGAAACCAGCACUAACUCCAUCUCUGCUCUCUCACUAGGUAACUCGCACCCCGAGUUGGCCCAACAGAUCGCCAAGCGGUAAGUCGGGACGAGCCUUCCGUUUACAAGCACGAGGCAGGCGGUUCCUACGGUACCUUCGGGAAGGGUCAUCGUCAGUUCCUCACGGCCUCACGAGCGCGGACGAUCAGCUUCGACGGCUUCGGAGUUGGAGGGGUGGGAAGACGUUCUGUCACCAAGCAAAGCAUGAUACCCUGCUCUGGAUCAGGUCCGAGAUGCUACAAACGAGCCGGACCGUUCCAUCUUGUACAUCGACACAAUUUGGAAGUAUUGCGAGGGCCUCAAGCAGGACUGGCCGAGACAAGAUUCUCGGUCGCCGCCCCUUGGAAUGUUAUGAGCAAGACGGACAUACAGCUUUCACAACGAAGCUAUGGAAGAGGUCGUAGACACUGAUCUUCAUCUCAUUUCUUCUGGCCGGCACCCGCACAGACUUGGGAUCCCCUUGACCAAAUGCACCGUCAAGAAGUUCAGCGACAACGAAACCUCCGUUUCGAUCGGCGAGUCCGUCCGUGAAGAGGACGUCUUUAUCGUCCAGACCGGCUUCAACCCGUCCCCGUACCCUUUUGGAUCCAAGGCCCGUCACUACGGCGACAGCUCGCUCGAGGCCUCCCGACCGGGAACUCCGAACGGGUCAAGACCGACGACGCCGCUUCCGACAUCGGCCUCGACGUCCUCGCUCCACGUGCCCAACAACAAGUCCCAACCGGCGCCGGAACCGUUCAACGACCCCAAUGAUCUCUUGAUGGAGUUGCUCAUCCUCAUCUCGGCAUGCAAGACCGCCUCAGCGAAGCGUAUCACCGCCGUGAUCCCGUGCUUCCCUUACUCGCGCAUGGACCGCAAGGAUAAGUCCCGCGCACCCAUAACGGCCAAGCUCGUCGCCAACAUGCUGCAAAUCGCCGGUUGCGAUCACGUCAUCACGAUGGACCUGCACGCCAGUCAAAUUCAAGGCUUCUUCGAGGUCCCCGUUGACAACCUCUGGACCGAGCCGUCGAUGAUCCACUGGGUCAAGGAGAACAUCCCCGACUGGCGUAACGCCAUCAUAGUCUCGCCCGACGCCGGAGGAGCCAAGCGAGCGACGAUGCUCGCCGAUCGCCUCGACGUUGACUUCGCGCUCAUCAACCGCAACCGCGUCAAGGGUGCUGCACCCAAUGCCGAAGCGAGGAUGGAGAUUCUCGUCGGUGACGUAAAGGGCAAGGUCGCGGUCUUGAUCGACGACAUGUGCGACACGGGUGGAACGAUCAAGUUGGCGACGAACGCGAUCUUGGCGAGUGGGGCCAGGAAAGUAUAUGCGGUCGUAUCCCAUGGUAAGUCACUUCAAUUAUGUGGAAAAGUUUCCGGACAUCGAACAAGUUACUGACGAACGCUGUGGUGCCCAGGCUUGCUGUCUGGAGAGAGCAUGUCCGAGUUGGCUCGAUUGCCGUUAGAAAAGCUCGUGGUAGGUGCUCACUGAUCCCUCCUCGUACCUCUUCCGGUUGUUCUGACACCCCCCUCUCAUGAUGUGACGAACAGGUGUCCAACACGAUCUGCCAGACUGAGCAUUUAAAGCAGGCCCACGGGAAACUGGAGGUGAUGGACAUCUCUCCCGUCGUCGCCGAGUCAAUUCGCCGAGUAAGUACUCGCAGAUUUUUUCUUCUCCAUCUGCGAUUGCUCCACGACCAAUAUUUUCCUGACGUGCAUCGCUAUCGACGUCCCAGACACAUAACGGUGAAUCGAUCUCGUUGUUGUUCUCUGAAGGGGGUGCCAGUCUCUUUGGGUAG